CAGCACAGUAUGGUGUAUAUUUACCGCUGUCUCCUAUGAUGAGCAGCUUGAACAGAUGAUCGUACUCUCGGGCCAUCUUAGGAUCCUCUCGUCGCCUGGUGGCGGGGAAGAAAGGAACGUAAAUAAAACGGCGAUACGACUCGCUCUCUCUCUCUCUUUUUUUUCUCUCUCUCUCUUUCUCUCUCUGCAAACGAGAUCUCUGCCCGAUUUCAGGGCACGAAACGUCGUUUUUUUCCACAGAUGAUGAGACUGAAUAUGUAUUCACUAACACCACCCCCGCGCGAUCUUCCUCCAAGGCAACUCGGAAACUCGCGACUCGUCCGGCUCGGAAGACGACUGUGAUAUCAAAUCAUCGCCAUGUUUGUACACCGCGGUAUCGUCACUAUUCAUUAUCAUCACGACCGAUUGAAAAAAAGAGAGGCUCCGCGUACUCCCUUCGUUUAACGCGAGACGCCCAUCCCGUAUCAGAUUGUCACCAGCCUGUCACUAUCCGCCAUCUUCCCUCUCGAGGAGCCUCGCGCAUGCGCGCGCCACGCGCACGCGCGAUUCUCAGCUGUCAUCUGUCAUCCGAUGUCCACGCGCAGGCGCGGCUCUUAGCUGUCAAUUCUAUAUUCGCAUUCGCAUGCAUGCGUGGCUCUCAGCUGUUACCUGUCACCUGUCAUCUGUCACAUGUCACCUGUCAUUUGUAAUCUGUCACCUGUCAUCUCUCAUAUCACUCUAUAUGCGCAUACGCGGUUCUCUGCUGUCAUCUGUCAUCUGAUUGGUGGAUUUUUCGCAGCUGUUGGAUUAGGAUUCAUGUGGACGGACCUUUUGGAAAACUCCAAAAAAUGCAAAAAGUGAGAAUAAAUAUUACAAACGGAGUUUUAUUUUGAUUCCAAAAUUUUGACACGUUCGUGGAAAGUGAAAGCAUGUGAAAAACGUUGCAAAUAAGAAAAUAAAUAAGGAAUAUAAGUUAUGCAAAUAGAGAUGAACUGGUACGAAAGUAGCAGUUUUCUAACGGAUAAUUAUAAUAAUACUGAUUGGAAACACUUUUGAUUGAUAAAAAGAAGAAGACAAAAAUAAAACUGAUAACCCAUGACAGAUUUAUGGUAUAUAUAGAUACAUGUAUGUAUAAGCAGUGUAAUGACAAUUUUCUAAAUCAAAGUUAAAAAAAGUAAUAAAAUCUUAACUAUGAAUAUAAUUUUUAUAAUACUGUAUAUACUGAAAUACCUGCACAUAACAUAGUUAUAAAUGUUGCAUAUAUCCCAUGCAAAUGUGACUGAGAAUAUUGAAAUAUUUCACAAUAUACGUGAGAUUUACAGCAUAUCUUUUGACAUUGAUAGAAACAUACAGGAUGGUACUUCCGACACGUAUAUCGCAUAAGGGCAACAGAAUCUCGUACCAUUAUCACAAUAUCUUUGUAAUAUGUUUGUUAAUAUUCAUACUGUUUAUCGUUUUGAUAUCAGUAUACCAUAUUUUCAAAUUUGGCAAUACACAGAAGCAUUCCGAACAUGUUCCUAUAACACUGGAUGACAUAAAUACUCUGCCAAUUCGAGCAUUAUCCGCAGACUCGGCUUUGAGUAACGCAACCAAUGCUUCCUGCACGUAUUUUUCUUGUUUCAAUGUGUACCGAUGUGGCAGUCAGGGAAAUAAACUUUUGGUAUACGUCUAUCCACCCAAGAUUUACUUGGACUUUGUCGGUAGACCGAUAACGAAUCAGAUGACAAGAGAGUUUUAUCAAAUUCUGAGUACUAUUAUCAACAGUAAAUUUUAUACUCCUAAUCCGCAUGAAGCUUGUAUAUUUGUUCCCUCCAUUGACACUCUCAAUCAGAAUAGAUUGAGAUCGCAAGAGGUUUCUCGGGCAUUAAGAUCAUUACCUUUCUGGAAUAGAGGAGAGAAUCAUCUAAUUUUCAACAUGGUACCUGGAAGCGUACCAGACUACAACACUGUUAUUGAUGUGCCAGUGGGAAGAGCGAUGAUUGCAGGUGCUGGAAUGUCAUCCUUGACAUACAGACCUGGUUUUGACAUUAGUUUACCAGUCUAUAGUCCACUAGUAAACAAUCUCAAGACAAAUUACAGUAAUGGAAGAAUAUGGUUGGUGAUGUCUUCGCAAAUCAAUAUUAACACCGCUUUUGAGCAAGAUUUAAUGGAGGUGAAAACGACAUAUCCAAAAGACAUUCUAGUGUUAGGUCCAUGUCUACAUUUUAAUCCCAUGAAUAAUACAAUACGUUGCGUCGGGGAGGGCAUAUACAAGUAUCCUGAUAUCCUACAAUCGGCAACGUUUUGCCUAAUAAUCCGCAGCGCCAGACUUGCCCAGAGUGCACUUUUGGAUGCGAUGGCAGCUGGGUGUAUACCUGUGAUUAUAGCCGAUUCACUAAUGAUGCCAUUUCAUGAUGUCAUUGAUUGGACCAAAGUUGCUGUUUUUGUACGCGAGGUCGACAUUUUAUUAAUAAUCCAGUUGCUCAAGAAGAUAUCCCACCAACGUAUCGUGGAGAUGCAAGAGCAGAACGCCUGGGUUUAUGAUCGUUAUUUCAGUUCAAUGGAAAAGAUCACAGAGACCACGUUGGAAGUGCUCACAGACCGCGUGUUCCCGCAUUUGAUGCGAGAUUACACAUAUUGGAACGUGCCAUCUUAUAAGGGGAAACCUUCGCCUCUCUUUCUACCAGUAACUGCUCCUAAAACACGUGGCUUCACCGCCGUAAUAUUAACGUACGACAGACUGGAGUUACUGUUUUUAUUGAUUAAUAAACUUGUAAAAGUGCCAAGUCUGUCCAAAGUUCUGGUAAUUUGGAACAAUCAGCAUAAAAAUCCACCGCCUUCUACGAGGUGGCCGAAAGUGAAUAAACCGUUAAAAGUGAUCCAAACGAAGGAAAAUAAGCUGUCGAAUCGAUUUUAUCCGUACGAUGAAAUUGAAACUGAAGCAGUUUUGUCGAUAGACGAUGAUAUUAUCAUGUUAACUGCUGAUGAAGUGGAGUUUGCUUACGAGGUAUGGAGGGAAUUUCCAGACAGAAUAGUUGGAUUUCCAUCUCGCAUACAUACGUGGGACAACAGCACUAUGUGUUGGAGAUAUGAAAGCGAAUGGACAAACAGCAUCUCCAUGGUUUUAACAGGAGCUGCUUUCCAUCAUAAGUAUUGGAAUUACAUGUAUACGACAGCCAUGCCUGGAGAUAUAAAGGAAUGGGUCGACGAGCACAUGAAUUGCGAGGAUAUUGCGAUGAAUUUUUUAGUAGCAAAUAUUACUGGAAAGGCUCCGAUAAAAGUGACGCCAAAGAAGAAAUUCCGAUGCCCCGAGUGUACCAAUACCGAAAUGUUAUCCGCGGAUUUGACGCACAUGGUGGAACGCACACAGUGCAUAAACAAAUUCUCCUCUAUUUACGGAACUAUGCCGUUGGAGUCGGUCGAGUUCCGCGCGGAUCCGGUACUCUUCAAGGACGUGUUUCCCGAGAAACUGAAGCGAUUCAACGAUAUAGGAAGUUUAUAAUUGUGAUAUUGAUAUACAUAUUUUCUACUGAAGUAAUAUAAUUUAUAAGAUUAAGAGUCCUUGCCAGAGAGAGCACAGGCUAAAAAUCCUAGGUGCCCUUUUUUAAAUAAAAAAUUACUUCGAAUUUUUUUAUUUCGCAUCUAAAAAUUUUUAGCGUGUCUUCUCGCUUCUAACGUCACAAUUCCAAUAUGGUCGGUGAGGAGUCUUAAUUAUGGAAAUCGAGUUUAUGAAAAAUGUUUAUAAAUUUAUAAACAUUUUUGGAAAAAUUAUGGAAAUUGAGUUUAUGAAAAAUAUUUAUUUUAUCAAUCAAAGAAUGUAUGCAGAGUAUCCGAAAUUAUAAUCGGAUGGAAUUAAAAAGAUACAUAAACCUAUAUAUACAGAGUAUCCUAUAGGAAAUGGCUCAAACUAAUCAUUAAUUGGAGAAUUUUUAAUGCAUGCAGUUAUUGAGGAAGCAAAAAUUGACACACCCUGUAUAUUAAUCAUUCUUUGAAGAGAAGCGAGUCAUCUUGAUAUCUUGGAUAUCUUCAUCUGAUUAUAAAAUUGAAUACUCUUUGUAUACAUAUGUAUAAAUAAUUUAUAUAUAUUGUUUGUAUUUUAGUGAAUGUAGAGAAUGUGUUUGUAUUGAAUAAAAUAAUUAAAAGUUA